AGCUGCUUCACGUCACGUGAGCAGCGCUUUGCGGAAGAAGGAGAAAUGGCAGAAUCGAGGUGCUCCAGUCGAGUGCGACUAAUGGCAUUUCUUGCCCUUCUCUUCGCUCUUUUCUCCACAGGGGACUCCGUUGCUCAAGUACCACUCCUAAUGUGGUCCAGCGAUGGUUUACCAGCACUGGCCUCCACUGCUGCUGGUCACAUCACAUCCAAAGAGCAGCUGGCCGCCUACCUCUCCUCUGCCUUUAAGUCUGGACCCCACACUGUGCUGUUGUUCCUGCAAGAUAAGUUAAGCAAAGAUGACUUCACAGUCUUUGGUGGAGUGUUUGGAAACAAGCAGGAUGGUGCCUUUGGAAAUCUUGAGGCUGCGCUGCAUUCUUCCUCAUCAGUGAUGUUCCCUGCUUUGGAGUGGUUGGAUUCCUCUGCCAUUCCAGCUCUGCUGCAAGAGAAGCUGGGUGUCUCGCCUCUGCUUGUAGACGCAGACACUCUGCCUCAUCUGAGCAUCAACACCUCUGCCAGCAAUCUACUGAUCAUCAAUUUACCUUAUUGUACUAGCUUUGGCAAGUCUUGUAAAGAAGUCCUACAUGACAAUGAUGGAAUUAUUGGAAAAGUUCUGAGUGUCAUGAAAGACAAAAAUGUCCUUUACACUGCGAUAUACACAGGACUUAAACCAUCACGAGUGAUUUCAGAGGCAUCGUUGUCUGUCCAUCCUGCGGGGCGAUCCCUGCUCCAAGCAGUUGUGCCCGAGGUUAAACCGCCCAUCAUGUUUAACGUAUCCGGCAACCCUUGCGUAAUGCUCUGGGCCCAGAAUCUCAACAUCAGCCUUACAGGCGAGACUGCGUGGAUCGACCUCGCUGCACAAGUACCCUCCCUGACAGGAUCCACGUGCAACAGCAGCAACUCACUGCUUGUCCUCACUUAUUCAUCAGGCUACAUUCUAAGUUUCGCCAUGAGUCAACGGUUCUAUCCUGUGUCUGCACGGAACUGGUUCACCUUGGAUUCUGUGCAGCUGCAGGCAAACGGUCAAACUUCAUCUUUCACCGGGAGCCGCAACAUCUACGCCCCCGCGGAGUAUUCCUUCCACUGCCAGUCCGUCACUAGCUUCCGAGAUAUCCUCUUAGUGGCAAACAAAACCAACCCGUCCCCUCUGUGGAGGCUCAAUUUCAUUGAUUUUCAGAUUCAGGGUUUCGGUUUGGCCAAUGGAACAAAUUUCUCCUAUGCCAGUGACUGUGCAGGCUUCUUUACUCCAGGGAUUUGGAUGGGGCUGCUGACCGGACUGCUCUUUCUGUGGAUUUUUGUAUACGGCCUGCACAUGAUCAUGCAGCUAAACACCAUGGAUCGAUUUGACGACCCAAAAGGUCCAUCGAUUUCAGUGCCUCAGUCAGAAUGAAGUGCUGCCAAACACAAACACUCCUCUGUCUGUCAGUGCCUCCUUGGGAAGUCCUUCCUUGUCAUGUAGCUUUUGUGAGCUUGGGCCCUUUUCUCUGAAGAUCCUUUCCUCUAAUAUUCUCCCCUGUAGUUUUCUUUCCUGAAUUGUUCCACAGCCGUCUCUUGCAUAAUGUCAUAUCUUUCCAGGCACAUUCUCCUCUCUCCGUAUUCGCAAGUGCCAAAGUGGAUGCACCUUUUGUAUUAAUUGAUUUUGAGCGUCUUUAUUAAGAGAUGCCUUUGUGCCACUGUUGGUCAGACGCUGGCUAUUUCUCCUAAAAUAAUUAGCAAUCAUUUCUGGUGACAGAGAAUGUCUUUUAUGCCAACAUGCAUGUGAUUGCUGGAUUCUGUAGGACCGUCUGAGUGUUUUUAUAUUUCCAACUCAACUGUAAUUUAAGGACUACUGGUUAUGGAAGAAGAACCUGUAAUUGAAGAGAGCUUUUCUAUUUGUGACCGUGUUUGAGAAUGGCCUUAUAACAGUAUGCUAAUACUUGACCUCGAAUUAGUUCUGCUAUUAUUGACAAAUCAAGUGCCUCCACUUACAUCCAAUAUUUUCUUUAAAAAAUAUAUUUAUUUAUGUUUAGAGUUUACCCUUUGCUUCAAGUUCAUAAAAAAAAACGUGCCUCCGUUCUGACUUUGUCAAACGUAAUGAUGUGCCAUAAAAUGUACAUUGUCCCAAUCGAAAAUAAAAAUAUAUAAAUGGUGAUCUUA